AGUCAGGUGGUGAAGGGAGGGUGACUGUCACAUUUCUCUGCCUCUCAAUGGAAACAGAAGGUGAAACAUUUAUAAACAAUGCACAUAAAUAAUAAGUUAUAAUAAUAAAUGUGCAGCUGACGUCAGUAACAAGUUCCUUUGAACUAUUCAUUUUUUCAGAACCUCUGCAUGGCAGCUCAGACUGAGUCACGGGUUGAGAGUUUAUUGUGUUAUAUUAUUAUUAGAAGCUAAAACGAGAGCGGUGGAAUAAAGGGAUUUUAUAUCAGGAUUUCUGUGUGUUCUUCUGAUUGAAGCGUUGGUGAUGUGUUCAAGGACCCUCAGAAAUGUGCAAACCUUUUCGAACCGAACGCUGAGUAUUUUGGGGUUCAGAGAGUUAAUCUAGCUUGGCAUAAAGACAAAAUAAUCCAAUCUCUAGACUCCCUCCUUCGCAUAUUGUGAAGUUUAUUCACCCGCUUUUUGUAGUUUACAAAAGAACUCGUUUUGGUUUUUGGACAAAGCCCUGAAGGAAAACUUCUUGCGUCUUCCAUUUGUUAUGCUAAAAUAAGAUAAUCCUGCUCCGUAUUUAAACUGCUCCUCUCAUCCGACUCUCUACAUUCCCAGGAUGAUGAGUGUUCCUUUAAGUCUUCUCUCUCCCUCUCCAAAGCCUCCGUCAGCUCCUGUUCAUCACGUCUCCUCCUCCCUCGUCUCCUCCUCCCUCGUCUAUUCCUCCCUCGUCGUCUCCUCCUCCCUUUCGUGUGCUGCGUCUAUUCCCCCGAACCACAUCAUCCAUCUCCUGACAAAAAAAGGUGGACUGACACACCGACAGAGAGAGAGAGAGAGACAGGAGGAGGGGGGGGGCACAGAGAAACAGGUGUAGUCUGCCGUCGUCAUGGCAACCCACCGUUUUUCUUCCAUAUAAGGCAACCGGGUGAUAUCAUAUGGUUGGCAAUGCCUGAGCUUUGGAAGGAUGCACACGCUGUUCUGAGUGAGAGGUAACGGCAGCAGAGAGAGAGAGAGAGAGAGAGAUGCUAACAGGCUCUGAGGCGCCACUACGGUUACCAGCCAGGGAGGACUGUGGCGGAUCCUUGGGGCGCGGGAAAGGCACCGAGCCGCAGUGAAAAAGAGAAGAGCAGGAUGGAGAGGAAGAGGGGAGGAGGAAGAAGAAGAGGGAGGCGUGUGGAGCAGGAGGAUGCGCCAGGCGGCCGACCUGCUCAUUAGGAGGCAACGCAACAACCAAACUACUGGAGCUUCAAGACUCGCACGCCACGCGUGACCAGACUCAGCCCCACGCAGACGGCUCUCGCCGACCAGGCCAGCCGGGUCUCCUUUGCCUCAGCAGAGAACCUCGGCACCAUGUCGGAGCCCGACGUGCCGAUCGGCUUCAACCGGAUGAACCGGCUGCGCCAGAGCCUGCCGCUGGCCCGCUCCUCCAGCCAGGCCAAGCUGCGGGCGCCAGGGAUAUUGUUCCUGCAGCUUGGGGAGGAGACUCGCAGGGUUCACCUGACCCACGAGCUGACCAGCCUGGAUACGCUGAGGGCCCUCAUCGUGCACAUGUUCCCCCAGAGGCUCACCAUGGCCAUGCUCAGGUCUCCGAACACGGCCCUGCUGAUCAAAGACGAGACCCGAAACGUCUUCUACGAGCUGGAGGACCCGCGGGACGUCCAGGACCGCUGCGUGAUUAAGAUCUACUGCAAGGAGCCCAUCUACGGCACCUACCCGGGACACCCCCACCUGGCCAACGGAGACCUGCGGAGGGAGAUGGUGUACGCCCCUCAGGACUCUUCACCCAACCGCCGCCUCAGCAACCCGCACAUGUCUUCCCAGCACUUGUCUUCCUCCGCCUCCCCUCAGGGCUCGCCAUCACGCGCCCGCCUCCUCUACAGCGGAGGCAGACCCUCCUCCUACGCCGGGCCACCCCACCACACCCACUCCCUGCCGCACCCGCACUCCCAGUCCCACCACGCCUCCCCCCACCACCAGCAGCAGCUCCAUCAGCUCCACCAGCAGCAGCAGCAGCAGCAGCAGCAGCAGCUCCACCAGCCCCAUCACCCCCAGCAGGCCUUCUGCUCCUCCUCCUCCAGCGCCAUCCUGGAGCGCAGGGACGUGAAGCCCGACAACGAGGUGGGGGGGUCCAGAAGCAUGGUGCUGCUGCGGGGGGACGACCGUGGAAUCUACGCGGACCCCUACUCUCUGGGACCGGACACCAGCCGGCUGAGUCUGGCGGGAGGUCCUCACUCCCCACUACCGGCCCGAGCUGACCCCUAUGGCUCCUUGUAUCGCCGAGGGGGAGGAGGAGGAGGUGGAGGAGGUGCUGGUUCAAUGCGUUCGCUCACCUCCUACACAGCGGCCGCUCUGCAAGGAGAGCUGAUGGAGAGCGGUGCUCUGUACCGACCGGGGGGGGCGCUUUACAACGACGCCUACGCCGCCUCCAUGUUGGCCAUGGGGUUGCGGGUUCCCCCCCCCUCCUCCCCGCAGAAGAUGCCCGACAUGAGGGAGUCCUACGGGGGCACUUUGCCCGGUCGGGGCUCCCCCGGGAGGCAGAGUUUGAGGAGGGACUCUGUGAUCUCCUCUGUGUUCGCCGACAGUCCAAAACCCCGGGGGGGCCAGGGCCCGGGGCUGGGCCUCACCUCGGAGCAGCUCUGCCUUAUGGCUAGUCCCGGGGGAGAAGGGGGGGGCGGCGCCGGCGGCUUUGGAUCUCCUCUCGCAGGAAACGAAACGGAGACCCGGGAGCGCAUGGAGGCCAUGGAGAAGCAGAUCGCCAGUCUGACGGGGCUCCUUCAGAGGGUACUGAGCAGGGCGCCCGACACGGAAAGCCCGGAGAAGAUGGAGUCGGCCAGCGACUGCUCGGGAACUGACACUGGACAAACAAAAAAAAAGAAAGUUGUCACACCGUCCGCUCCCUUGGCCCUGAUGCCUCCUCCACCCACGGGGGCCCACCAGCCCGUCACCGUGUCCCGUCUGCAGAUGCAGCUCCACCUGCAGGGCCUGCAGCAGAACACCAACGCGCUGCGCCAGCAGCUGUCGCAGCUACGCAACAUGCAGCUGGAGAACCAGGACUCGGUCUUGUCCCUGCUGAGGCAGACCGAGGCCCAGCUGAGCCUCAUGAUGCUGGACGCCACGCGCACCCAGGAGGACCCGCUCCAGAGGCAGCGCCUCCUGGUGGAGGAGGAGAGACUCAAGUACCUGAACCAGGAGGAGCUGCUCAUCCAGCAGCUGCAUGACCUGGAGAAGUCGGUGGAGGAGCUGCAGAAGAACUCCUCGGUGAACCACGGCCUGGUGACGGAGCAGGAUGUGGAGCAGAAGAGCAAAGAGCUGAGGAUGCUGGGAGAGACGCUCACUGAGCUCAAAAAUCAGUUCCCCUGCCUGCAGAGUAAGAUGCGGGUGGUGCUGAGGGUGGAAGUGGAGGCUGUUAAGUUCCUGAAAGAAGAGCCUCACCGGCUGGACGCCCUGCUGAAGCGUUGCAACACCAUGACUGAUGCGCUCAGCACGCUGCGCAGUCUCUUGUAUCCCUCCUAUAUGUACAGACAAGUUACCGAGGGCGGGUGGAGGGGCCCUGAGGACCUCUCCAGCCAAUCGCAGAAGAGAUCUGAGGAGGCGAGGCGCAGCUCCGACCUGGACCUCCUGAGCAGUUCUCCCCUCGGCCUCGCCGACCUCGGCGCCGGCCUGGACAACUGGACGCCCGUUGUUGACGGAGACGCCUCGUGCCCCGAGCAGGACGUCCAGCCCCCCUCCAUGACCUUCAGGAACCGGGUCCUGGACGAGCUGCCGAGUCGGCGUCCCGGCGAUAAGUCGGUGUCUGCAGAAGUCCGGCUGGCGGCGGAGCGGGACUGGGAGGAGAAACGGGCCAGUCUGACCCAGUUCAGCGCCCAGGACAUCAACCGCCUGCUGGAGGAGACGCAGGCCGAGCUGAUGAAGGCCAUCCCGGACCUCGACUUCGCUGCUCGCCACAUCAACAAGCCGGCCGUGCCCCCGAAGCCGCAGAUCACCAUCCCCAUCACCUCCUCCUCCUCCUCCUGCACCACGGCGCCGGCCUCUCCCGCCUCCGUCGGCGGGGAGCAGCAGCCCGGCAAAGUGCAGCUGGCCGCCCAGAAGCUGAACAGCAUGGAGGGGGCGGGGCCUCACCGGGGGUCGGUGGACCUCAACGUGACCCGGUUCCGCGCCGAGAAGCUCUCCAAGUCUCCACCGCCGCCGCCGCCGCGCCGGAGCUUCCCGUCUGCACACGGCCUCACGACUACCCGCACGGGCGAGGUCGUCCUCACCCCCAAGAACCCCAAGAUGGAGGAAGACGGCGAUGUGCCUAAAACUCUGGUGAAGCUGAGGCGGACGCCCUGCGACGCCCCUCGACCCGCCUCCACCCCACCCGUAAUUGCGGCGUCGGCCAUUCGCGACAACGAGGAGGAGGAGGAGCAGGAGGAGAAGGAGGAGGGGGAGAAGAUCAUGGCGGAGCUGGAGAACAGCAGUAACUCCCCGGGUCCCACGAAGGGCCCCACCGUCGCAGCCCGGCUCAAACACCUCCAGCAGGGCAGCCUGGAGAGGCCCAAAACCCGCAAGCAGAAAGAGGAUUUCCCUAAAAUCCAGGGCCAGCAGCAGGUAUUCCACUUCUGAAGAGCUGCCGCGCCAACUUCUCCUCGGGGGGGGGGUUGAGUGGGGGAGGGGCUAUUCACACAGACCAUGACCAUUAUGUUUAAUUUCCUCCAGUUGUGCAUUUUGGACAUUUCAGAGACUAGAUGUGACUGGCUCAGAGAAAGAACAUCCCCCCCCGGUCAGUUAAGCUUGAAGGCUACGAACUGCCUUUUUAAGAAGAAGCUGUAACUUGUUAUGCAAGAUGACGAGAGGUUUGUCUGGUUAACGUGUGCAGUAAAGACGUUUAUUAAAGCACUUCUAUUAGGAAAUUAAUACCUAAAAUAUCUUCACUAAUUCCAACAUUAAUAUAUAUAAUAAUAUCCUUUACUUAUUAAGAGCUAAACUAAAUCGAAUCUAUUUCAAUUGUUGGUCGACAACUGACUGAGCAAAACAGUCGUUAGUGGAAGGAAGGAUCCGUUCAGUAGAGAAAAAUUACAUUGAUUAAUGAAUGGUGGUUAAAUUAUAAAAUGCCAAUCAUAGUACCAUGUUUCUAAUUGGGGCAAAUGGAGAAAACAACUAAACAAACUCCGUUCAAUGUGAUUUCCCUUCAAUAAGCUCCUGGAAAUUUAAAAAUAAAACCACAUAUUGCAGGAAAAAGAAAAGCGGAG